GUGUUUGCCUCUUCUUUCCCCUUUUUUCUCCCUUCUCUCCUGCUUCUGCCUCCCUUUUUUGACGCUGUGUUUGUUUUGAUCGGAAGCCUUUGAGCUUCCGAGGUUUUGAUGCUUGAGCUGUUGAGCUCCCCGACCGCUCAAGCAUGUUGGAGCCGGCUUGUGCUCCUUCCUCCGAUGACCUUUCAGGAUCUGUCGGUUUUUGGGUCCCUUUUCAGUGAUCCCUUUUUGAUUUUUAUGUUUUCUGGUUGUUUUGUUUUGUUUUGUGUUCUUGUACAGUUUGUUUUUUUCAGUUCUGGCAACCCUCGGCUCUUUUUUGUUGAUCUUGGUAGGGGCUUGUUGGUUUUUUCUAUUUCUUGUUCUGUUUGGUGCAGAUCCAGUAGCCUUCUUUCUCCUCCGACGGAUCUGUGGCGGCGUGUGCGAGGGCUGCCAGAUCUGAUGCCCAUCGCGGCUCUCUUGCUGGUUUCGAGGGACUGCCGCCGCCUAAUUGGGUUACCGCUCGGCAUCCUGGAGCCUGACGCAAUUUCUUCAAAAGUAGAUAGAAGGGUGUCCCGUAUUGAUCGAUCGACCGAAGGCCGUGAUAUAUCCUGAGUUGUUCAUGGUUGUUCGAGUGCUGAGUGCAUCUUCCUUCAGCCUCUGAAUAUGGGUCUACUUUGAUCUUUUGUUCUAGUUGUAUUUUAUUAUUUAUUAUUUUUGUAGAUGCCGUAUGACAAUAUUUGUAAUGAAACCAUUCCGUUAUG